CACGUUUUUGCAGAAGAGAUUUUUGUCGAAAAUUCAACGAUUUUUUCUAUUAAAAACUAAACUUUAAACUCAAAUUACGCUAUGUCUUGGUUAUUGGGAAGAAACAGGCCCCAGCAGCCCCAAGAUGUGCCACCCAGUGAUGGUGGAAAUCCUGAUGGAGCAACUGCCGGCGAACGUUCUGGGGAUGCCCAAUUGUCGAAGGCCGAACGUAAGGCCAUGGAAGCUUAUCGUUUCGAUUCAUCUGCCCUGGAGAGAGCUGCAGAGGCAGCCAAAACAUUGGAAAGGUCAAGACAUGCCCGUGAAGCUUUGGAACUGUCCAAACUGCAGGAGGUUACCCGUCAACAGGAAUAUCAACAAAAGGUCAAAGAGUAUGAGGCCCAUAUUGAACAGGCCAAGGUGGAGCAAAGGCGCAUUGACCAUGAGGAGAGACGGAAGACAUUGAUUGAAGAGACAAAGCAACAACAACAACGUGCCCAAUAUCAAGAUCAGCUGGCCCGUAAACGUUAUGAAGAUCAAUUGGCCCAGCAACAGCGUGUCCAGGAAGAAAACUUGAGAAAACAAGAAGAAAGUGUGGCCCGCCAGGAAGCUAUGCGCCGCCAAACCAUUGAACAUGAAAUUGAAAUGAAGGAAAAGAAUCGCUUAAAACUGUUGGAACAUGAAAUGCGUGUCAAAGCCAAGGUUGAUCGGGAAAAUCGUGAUAUCAAUUUGGAACAGAUUCGUUUGAAGGCUCAGGAACAACGUACAACUAUCUUGGAGGGUAUCAAAACUGCCGGCACAGUUAUUGGUACUGGUGUCGAGGCCAUGCUUACAGAUUGGGAUAAAGUUUUGACGGCAGCCGGAGGUUUGUCAUUGUUGGCUUUGGGUGUCUACGCCGCCAAGGGUGCCACUGGUGUAACAUCACGUUACAUUGAAUCUCGCAUAGGCAAACCAACAUUGGUGGGAGAAACCUCACGUUUUGCAAUUUUGGACGCUGUUCAACAUCCCAUCAAAUAUGUCAAGAAAUUGAAAUCGAAACCGGCUGAUGCAUUGCAAGGUGUUGUCCUUAAUCCCAAACUGGAGGAACGUUUAAGAGACGUGGCUAUUGCCACCAAAAAUACUCGCAUUAAUCGUGGCAUGUACAGAAAUAUCCUUAUGCACGGUCCACCCGGUACUGGUAAGACUAUGUUUGCCAAAAAACUUGCCGAACAUUCGGGUAUGGAUUAUGCCAUUAUGACUGGUGGUGAUGUUGCCCCAAUGGGCAAGGAAGCCGUCACUGCUAUCCACAAAGUGUUCGAUUGGUCCCAGACCAGUCGUCGUGGCUUGCUGUUGUUUGUUGACGAAGCUGAUGCCUUCUUGCGUAAACGUUCCUCGGAGCACAUUUCAGAAGAUUUGAGAGCAGCUCUUAAUGCAUUCUUGUACCGUACAUCUGAACAAAAUUCCAAGUUCAUGUUGGUAUUGGCUUCAAAUACACCCGAACAAUUUGAUUAUGCCAUCAACGAUCGUUUGGAUGAAAUGGUUGAAUUCACCCUACCCGGUUUGGAAGAACGUGAACGUCUCCUACGCUUGUAUUUCGAUAAAUAUGUGUUGCAACCAGCAGCCGAAGGAGCCAAGCGUUUCAAAUUGGAGCAAUUCGAUUAUGGUGCAGCCUGUUCGAAAAUGGCUAAAAUGUGCGAGGGCAUGUCUGGUCGUGAAAUUUCCAAAUUGGGUGUCUCCUGGCAAGCAGCCGUUUAUGCCUCCGAAGAUGGUGUAUUGACGGAAAAAAUGGUCUUGGAUAGAGCAGAAGCUGCUGCCCAACAACACAAACAGAAGAUGGCCUGGUUGUCGGAACAAGAACGUUUAGAUCACAAAUCUAUUACAGGUGGUAAAUCGAAUUAGAUUUUAGUUGCGAUCUUCAUUUACUAUUUAGUUAGUAAUAUCACUAACCUUACAACCAACCUACAGUUUAACUUUAAUGCUAAUUAAGUUUUAAGUUUAGAAAAAAAAACACACUAAACAACACUGAGAUAAAAGCAGAGCUUUCCUGAUGUCUGUAAAUUGAAGCGAAAAAAAGAAGUACAAAACUGCAAAGCUUAAUAACUGCCAUAUCCCAUACAGCCACUCAAAUAGACAGAAAACCAAUUUGUACAGGGACGUAAUUUAAGAUUUUUAUUACCGUUUAAAUUACGUCUCCUUUAAAUGGGAUUUGAAAUAACACAGGGACUUCUUUUUGUUUUGUAAAUACUUAUUCUUAAGGUUUAUAUUUGUUGUUUAAGAAUAUCAUAUUUGUACGUAUGCCUCCCACAUUGAAAACAAGACACGUCGUGUAAAUCAGAAAGGCUUUGUUAUCUGUAGAAGAAAAUGAAAAUGACCCGUUGUUGACUGCUGAAUUACGCAUUUUUGCCAAAGAAAAACAAAUCGAACAUUGCAUUUUUGGGAAAUUUAUAUUAAACUUCUCGCAUUUGUUCGUUGAAAUAUUUGGUGCGAAAACAAUUUUACUAGCAGUAAUCUUUUUUGUUUCCUCUUUUUUAUA